UUCAUCAAAUCCCUAACAAAUGGUCCUUCGAGCCGGAUAUGGAAGUGUUUGAGUGAAGUGGCUAACAAUUAAAAUAUUAACAUUCAAACUCGGAGAAACGUGGUGACGUCAUCGAUCGGGAGUGGGGGAAAGCGAUCGCAACAGAGGAAUGUUGUUUUGAUUUCGACGUGCGCUCGAGUUUCGAACAACUGGACAGUUUUCAUCUCGUAAACACGAAUAUCACAGUAAGUCGAAAAAUAUUAUCAGGGGUUGUCGUCACCAAAAGGUGAUGACAACUGCUUUGGUCCUCAUCGGGCGGAUCUCUGCAAAGACACACAUCAUUGCCAGAAAUGCAAGGGCCCACAUCACACCUUGAUCCAUGAUGGGUCUAUCGAACAUCGCCAGGAACUGGAAAGACAGUCGAGUCGACCAUCAGUUCCAGCAACGGAGGAAAACCAGGGAGAUCACGGAGCAUCCGGAUCGAGAGAUAAGCCAAACGAUCAUCUGGUCGUAACAAUCAUCAUCACCGAGGUCAACGGAGACAGAGAGGACUUACGACUCUCUCAACUCUUCAGAGAUCUCACAGGGGAGUGAAUCAACAUCAAAGGCAUCGGGAUCAAUUAAGAGUUCAAUUAGUCAUCUUCAAGUACCAGCAUCGUCAUCAGCGAAAUCAGAGACAACGGGGUUGUCCUCUGACAUCAAGGUCACACAUCAAUCAUCAUCAAAUUCAGCGAGUUAACGGGUUGUGCUGUUGGCAACCAAAACACUUGCAUCAACAUCAUCAGGUUCUCAUCAUACGGUCAGGCUUCUGAUUGAUAAGGGAUCAGAGGUCACAUUCAUCACUGAUCAAAUGGUUCUACUUCUUCUUCGUCUUCGUCGAUCAUCAUCAAAUCUCAGAGUCUUUGGAAUAGGAGGCCUGGAAUCACGGUUGAGUCGUGGAGCAGUAACGGUCAAACUUCAAUCUCGGUUCAACGAUCAACAUCAGAUCGAAAUCACUGCCCACAUCCUGGCCAAGCUCGCAUCAACAUUACCAUCAAUUCUUUGCGCAAAGGAAGAGGCAAAUCAUCUUCAACAUCUUCAUUUGGCGGAUAACAACUAUCUCAAACCUGGUCCUAUCGACAUCAUCAUCGGAGCUGAUCAUUAUGGUCAAAACAUUGGGCAUGAGGUUAUCAAAUCUCCGGAUAAUCAACUUGUUGCGCAAUAAACCAUCAUUGGCUGGAUAGUUUUUGGGACGGUCUGCUGUACAGACUGCAAGCCAAAGUCUUCUCUAACUGCAGUACGAGAGUCUUCGACUGAGCAGCUGUUGGAUCUUCUUAAGAAAUUCUGGGUCCAGGAGGAACUUUCAUCAUCUAAGGAAAUUCUUCUCAAUCAAGACGAUCAGGAGUGUGAAUUGCAUUUCAGGAACACACAUUCAAGAGACAGUGAGGGACGGUACGUAGUACGCCUUCCACUCAAAACAUCAGUAUCAGCAUUGGGAGAGUCUAAGACACAUGCUCUACAAUUGUUAAAUCGAACGGCGAAGAAACUGGAAGCAAAUCAAGAGUAUGGGAAACUCUACAAGGACUUCAUCAGGGAAUAUGAGGAUCUGGGACACAUGAGACGUGUCUCAGAGGAAUCAGAACCAUCAGUGAGCUACUAUCUGCCUCAUCACGGUGUCUUGAAGGAAGACAGCAUCACCACAAAACUCAGGGUCGUCUUCAACGGUUCCAGUAAGACAACAUCAGGAGUGUCACUCAAUGACAUACUUCAUGCAGGAGGAAAACUGCAAACGGAAGGCUCAGACGUUCUCAUCUGGUUGAGAACUUUUCGGUUAAUCGUCGGAACGGACAUCGUGAAGAUGUUCCGUCAAAUCAAUGUUCAUCAAGGCGACUGGGAUCUUCAAAGAAUCCUAUGGAAGGAUGAGGAGGGGAAAAUCAUCACAUAUCAAUUGACAACGGUGACGUAUGGGCAAACGUGUGCACCAUGGUUGGCUCUACGAGUUCUUCAACAACUAGUGGAGGAUGAGGGACAUCAAUAUCCACUAGCGGCUGUCUCUCUAACAAAAGGGAGAUAUGUCGACGAUAUCUAUGGGGGAGCUGAUUCUGAGGAACAGCUCAAGGAACUCAUCAAUCAGCUCAUCAAUCUUUGCAUGGCGGGCGGCAUGCCACUGCAAAAAUGGAUCUCGAAUCAACAAGGAAUCCUACAGGAUCUUCAAUUAUCAACAAAAUCAACAUCGGCGGUAGAAUUCGAGGACAAGACGGUCAAAGUAUUGGUAUUGUGCUGGAACCCUCAUUCAGACAGCUUCAUCUAUAAAUCAAGGAAGCCAUCAACGGAACAAAUCAACAAAAGGACAAUCCUCUCAGAGAUCGCCCAGAUUUACUAUCCUCUGGGACUCAUCGGACCGGUUAUCAUCAGGGCGAAAAUCUUCAUCCAAGAGCUGUGGCUUCUCAAAAUUGGUUGGGAUGAUCCACUGCCCUUGAGUCACAUCAAACGUUGGAAAGAAUUCAGGAAGGAAUUCUGA